CAUGCUCCGCGCCGUGCGCCUCUCGUUCAACGCUGCUCUCUGCGACGCGCCGAGUGCGGAGCGAGGAGACGCGCUGCAUACCAACAGAGACGCAUACGGAGCGGCUCGAGGUUUUUUGGCCGGGACGUACAUCCUGCUCUCUGAGAAAAACAUCAUCAAAUCAGAUUAUCGGACGGUGUGAAUGUUUACCUCUCAGUUCUCAUGCGUUUUUAGAGAAAUUCUGCCUGUUCUUCAAGGCACUGAGAGCCAAACUAAGUCUGUCUGGGAUAUUUGGGCUUUCUGCUGUAAUUUUUUUUUCCUGGCAGACAGAGACAUAUAAGAAAAUCUCACUCUCUCUUUUCCUAUCUUUUGCUCUCUGUCUCUCUAUUUCUCUCUGUGUGUCUCCUCUCUCUCUCUCUCUCUCUCUCUCUUUCUCUCUCUCUCUCUGACGGGACUUAUUAAAAAAAAAGUCGGAUGUAGAAGAGUUGGACUAUUUCUGCUGAGAUUCAUCCAGUGGGUCGUUUUCACACACAGAAUUCCCGCAGCGGUUCCAUAAGGAAGGAAUACCGUAACAUUUGAGCAGAAAAUCAAUCAGAACUCCAUCAUGGGCUGCCCUCUUUUGCGGAACACAUUGGCUGGUUUGAUCCUGGUUCUUCUGUCUAAAGGGUCCGAUGUGCUCGGAGCAGAAUUCGGCCACCUGCCGGACAAUAUUACAGUGUUGGAAGGCGAAAGCGUCACUUUGAGAUGUCGGAUCGACGAGGAGGUGACCCACAAAGCUUGGCUGAACCGCUCAAACAUCCUUUUCACGGGGACAGAUAAGUGGUCCCUGGACAAGAGAGUGACGCUGGUCAACACCAGCAACAGGGAGUUCUCCAUCCUCAUCGACAAGGUGCAAGUAACAGACGAGGGACCGUACACCUGCACCUUUCAGGCCAACAACAAACCCCGCAUCACCCACGUCUACCUCAUAGUCCAAGUGCCAGCAAGAAUCGUAAACAUCUCAAAAAGCGUGUCAGUGAAUGAGGGAGAGAAUGUAAACCUUUAUUGUCUGGCAGUCGGCCGGCCAGAGCCCACGGUCACAUGGAAGGACCAGAAAUAUGGACUGGUGAGUGAGGGGGAGUUCUUGGAUAUCACGGAGAUCAAGAGGCAGCAGGCUGAGGACUACGAAUGCAUCACCCACAACGGCGUGGCUCCACCUGACCAGCAGAAGGUCAGAGUCACGGUAAACUACCCUCCGAUGAUCACAGACAUGAAGAACAUGCCUGCAAAUCUAGGGAAGACAGCCAUCUUGAGGUGUGAUGCAAUGGCAGUCCCACCAGCUACAUUUGAGUGGUACAGAGACGAUCACAGGCCAGUAGAGAAUGACAACACCUUACGGAUCAAAAACGAGAAGACGCGCUCGCUGUUGCUGUUUACCAAUGUGACAGAGAAACAUUUUGGCAACUACACUUGCUUCGCCUCAAACCGUCUGGGUUCCUCCAACGCCAGUAUGCUGCUGUUUCGACCAGGAGCCCUCCAGGGGCGAGGAGCUGGUUUACAUGCAGGGAUGAGUGCCAGCCUGUGCGUUUGGGUUUCCCUCUCUGCUGUUCUUCUGGUGAAAGUGUGAAGCCCUGUUUGCUGGAAUCAUCCUCAAACACCAAGGCCCAUUUCUCCCUCUGCUCCCUCUGUCUCACUCUCUCCCCUCUCUCAAAGGAAGGAAAACAGAAAUGAAAUUCUUUAAUUACGAACCCAUCACUGUGAACAAAAAGAAUAUGCAUUAUUUCAGGAGCCAUUGAAUCACUGCAUCAAACACGACUACUCCCUGGAAACCCCCUCCCCUGCACCCCUCCGUCCAGUUAUGAAUUCAACUUAGUCACAAUAUCUCUUUCUUCUGUUUCUCUGUCACGCAUACCUUUUCGCCUUGCAGACUUGUCUGACUUGGUACUUCCCCUCUCCGCCUUUUGCUUUCCCCCCCCAUGACUCCCGCUGAGGUGAAGCUGAUAGAAAGUGUAUAUUAACGAUGACGGCGACAAACGAGAAAAUAGAUAAUCUAACAACUGUACGGUCAUUUAUGUAAUAUAAAACACAGACUAUUGACUGACCUACAAUGUUUGCCUUAUGGAAAUAAUACAUGAAAUCACAAUAUUUUGGUGGGUAUUUAUGGAAAUGAUAGUUAUAAUGUGAUACUGGCUGUCAUGUGAAGUUUCACCCUAUGAUCACACACUUAAACCAAGUGGAGACACAUGUAUGUUUUUUUAUUAUUAUUAUUAUUUUUAUUAUUAUUAUUAUUAUUAUUUUACCAGUGUAGCAGUGAAGCUGCUAUGAAUGAUGUCAAAAUGUAUUAAAAAAGGAUGGGUGGUGAUGGCGCCAGUCCCCUUUAUGUAAUUUGGGGAGGUUUAUACUACGUUUUCGCAUGUAGCCCUCACUACCCAGACCUUUUUAAGUCCCUCUGCCCUCCUCUUUGCCUCCCUGUUUAAAGUGCUUUGUCUAGUUGCCCUUCAUAUUGCUAGUGUUCUCAGCUGUUCGUCGAUCCUACCAACCAUCGUCACCUGCUUUUCAUCCCUCCACUGUAAAUAUACGCAGCCCAGAGGCCAUGCUGGUGACUUCAGGUCGCCUCCAUAAGAUCUUCAGUAAGCCUCUACUACACGCAAGUCUUCUGAAGCAGCAAGAGACUGUCUAUUGACAAUUAAUAUCUUCUGUUUCAAAGCUAUUGCUGCUCCAUCCUCUUUGUCGCUUGUUGAUAGCAUGUACUGGUUAGAGAUGUUCCUGUUGUGAGUCCAUUCGCCCUCGCUCCCUCCCUGCACUGUGUCUGUUUUUUCUCUGCAAGGUUACCUGCUUUUACUGCUUUUACUUUUUUGGUGUUAAUACUACUACUACUACUGAUGAUGAUAAUGACGAUGAUGAUGUUAAUAAGUAUUUGAAUAACUAUGAAUAGUAAUUCCAUGUAAGGAGAGGGAAAAAAAAAUGAACAAAACACGAUGGCAAUGAGUUGUGCGUGGGGAGGGGAAAACGUUUUCUACUUUGCUCGCACACGUCGAACAACUUCAAUGAAGAUAAAAGAAAAAAAAAAAACGGAACAAAAAAAAAAAGUUGUAAAGUUUUUGAAGUGAUGUGGUCUAUUUUGCCAUGGCAAGCUUUUUAAAAUCACAUUUGAAACAGUUCGAGGGGGUCAUUUCGAUCGGGUCCUGAAGCGGUGGCUGGUGAUGUAAUUUAUAAUUUGUAACAGUUUAUGUAUUUGACUCUUUCUGUCAUGCUUUUAACUGCAUCAAACACACAUUUACACCACAUCUGUCCGCUUGUCAUGGUGUGUCCUCUGCCGACCAUCUAGAUAAAUGAUUUGGAUCCAUGUCGGUCUCUGGCUGUGGCUGUAAGUCAGUUCUUGUUCUGCCAGACCACAGGGAGAUAAAGAUGUAAUUAGCCAUUACCUGUGGCUGGCUGAGCGAAGGAGCCCGAGAUCCACCUGUCCUUUCCGCCGCUCAGUUAUGGCCCCCAUAAAUCAAGCUCAAUCCUACCACUGACAGGAAUCCUCUUCAAGGACAAAUCUCACCUUGGUGCACCACUACUCCCUCUGGUGUGUGUACCUGUGACAAAAAAAACCCUGUACAGCACAAACAGCGAGAGGAAAUCCCGUAUUUCGUAAUGCCUGCACCCAUUUCUUGUGUUCAGCUCACACUCAGAGACUAUAUGCAAAUUUGCCAUAGCAAGUGCGCACCAAGGGAUGAGUCUACCCCAGCUGAACCCUGACUACUACAACAUGACAGGGGAAUUACUCAAUACUGAAUCAAAUGUGUGAAUGUGUUUUUUUUGUCUGUUUAUUUUUAUUGUUUCUUUUUCAAAUCAGCAAUAACCCCUAAUUUUACUGUGCAAGAGAUUUCCAUCAUGGUCAAAUCUGUGGUGUAAUAUCUGAAAUGAUCUGCCAUUAACAAGCUCUAUCAAAAGUCUGUUGUUGUACUUUUACUGUGUACUUUCCUCGGAAAUGAUUGUGAAGCUCUGUUUAAAUGGCCCUUAAUCUAGGACACUAUAUGUCGUUUCCUCUGCGAUGUAUUUGGGUGUUGAAGAACACAUAUUGUGCAUGCAACUACUUGCUCCCAAAGCAAUGAUGGAUUCCAUUUCAAGCACAAUAGCAGGUCAUUUGGUCUGUGGAACAUUUAUUGCCAAUAUUUUUAAACUCUUACUGUCUUUUAGAAUACUUUUUUCUUUUUCACACUCACUUACUGUCCUGCGUCAGCUUCCCACUGAGGGUUAUCGGUGGCCCGUAACAUCUGUCUGUACAUAAUCUGUUGUUGAUAAAGAUAAAAAGAAGAUAAAAAAAAAAACUGUGGACAAGAAAACAACAUACUGUCAUGUUUGUCAGCGUGUGUUUGAAAAUAGCAUGUCUGUAUUUGUGAAUGGGUGGAUUUUGAAAAAAAAAAAAGAAAAGAAAAAAACUACCAAAUUUUGUCUGUUAUGUUCGAGUUUAAUGGUGGAAAGUCUGAAAAGAGUAGGGGUUUAAAACUGAAUCUGAGCAUUUCAAUGUUUGACACAUUUCACCAUCAUACACUUUUAUAUGAUAUUAGGUUUUACAAUAUCAUACUUGAAUUACUUUAGAUUUCAUACAUUUUCCAGGGCUCAUUGAUUCAGCUAAAUAUGUAUUGCUAUUCUUCAAGCUGUUUUAGUAGUUUUAUCAUCAUUCAACUGAUUAGAUUGAAUUUAGGAAGGAAGAGUUAUUAGAGGGCGAUAUCUUGCAGGAGUGACAUUUAGCGUCAUGCUAACAGCAUGCUUAUGGGUGUUUUGAUAUAUUUGAGUCCGCUAGUUUGGAUUUUAAACAGAAAAUAAUGAACACUUUAGUUUGUAGAAGCAGAGAAUAUGGGUUCUGUCCAUAUUUUUUCCCUUGCAAAACAAAUGUAAUAUCAGUUCAUUUAAAAAUGCUUCUCUAUAAACCUCCACACAUUUACUACACAUUUACAGAACUCUUAUUUUUUGCACUGAAGAUCAAGGUUUGCAGGCCGUUUCAAUGCUACCUGGGUUUGGUAUCACACCAAGAUCUCCCAGUAAAAAACUUUCUGAAUGCUGUAGUUUAGUAAAACUGGAAUUAAAUCAAGGGAACAACUACAAUCAAAGGCUGUUUUGACAUAUUUCAGCUUGCUAGUUUGGAUUUUUCCAGCCCUCCAUGAAGGUAGUCAUUAUCUUGCAGCAGAGUUCUCUGGAUGGUAUUUCAGCGAAGACUUGGAGAAUCAUGUAGUGCCAACAGCAGGCGCUAACAACUUGUCAGAGCAGUACUGGUUCUAAAGGAACAAUUUAAAUCUCAAACAUUUUAUGACAGCUAAAUGUCAUUCUUUACACCUUUACACUCCUGACAUUUUUAUUUGAUUUAGUUAUUUGCACAAGAUCAUUUGUAAGUUCCCCUCUUAGUCAAAAUGUUUUAAAUGUGUUAAGAGUGCUUCACCUUACAAAGUGGCUAAAGGUAAAGUGAUAAAGUAUCAAAAUCAGUAGUCGAACCACUGUAAGACUUGAUUUUAUACCAGAGUCAUAAAAACUCUGGAAAUAGAGUUGCUUUGCCAGCGGUCCAUGCUAAAUGUCCCAUCCCACGCCCAAAAAUGGAAAGCAUAAAGCUAAUUAAUCUGCUUUGGAUCUUGCCGCUCUUGCUUAUUACUGCCAAGCAAGUGUUGUUUUUUUUUUGUUUUGUUUUUUUUUUACUAUUUCCACAAAAUACUAAUUGCUCAAACUCUCUUCAUCUAAUCCAGUUUCAGAUAAAAUUGAAACUACCACACUCCUUAAACACCUGCUUCACUUGGUUUUGCCACUCCUUCUAUUAGAGAUCCUCGUUUCCUCAUUGCUAACCCCUUAUUUAAUAUUUAUGAUCAACUGCUGAGCAACAGGUUGAUAACGACAGGCCUCUCUGAAGCAUUUUGUCAAUGUAAUUAUAUAUACCCAAGCGCAUAUCUUUGCUCACAGCCGUACAUGAUUCACACUCUUAUUAUGACAUAAAGGCUGCAGAGAGGGUUGUCAAGCUGGUAGAAGAUCCCCGGGGUGUAAAAUUUAAGGGUAGAUGAAGUUCCUGCUGAGGGAGCAACCAGCCGGAUGGUCCCGUGGGAUGAUAUCCUGACAAUGCAAAUCCAAAAGUUCAUAGCUGGAGAGAGAUGCAAUGACACUCACCAGACAGUGAACCCUUCAUUGAGAGAAGGAAGACAGACAGGCACUCAAAUUGCAUUUCCAAACUUGAGCGUUGUGGUCCCCCGCUCCCCUAGGGGAAGGUGUAGCACAUUCUAUUUAUGCUUGCACCAUGUAAUAUGAACAUCAUUAACAUAGCCUUGAUCACAAAUGCAGUCUGGCCUAUUUCCAGUGUGUAAAUAACACUCCAACUGGGGUGCAAUGCGUUUACAGUGAUAUAAACAAGACAAUUCUUCAGCCCCUAAUUACAUUCGGCGUACCCUGAUGAGAAAGUGUUGAUUGGCUCCUGCAGCUGAAGGUUAUGAUGAUCUAUUUCCAGAGUCAUUCUUAAUAAGGUGCCAUGUUGUUUGGAGCUCACAAAACUUCAGCCCGUUUACUGUUUGUGGCAUUGUGGUGCACAUUAACAGCUGCAUUUGUUUCACAAUUGUUUUGUGUAAAUGCUUGGUCAAAGAAUAUUAAAUGAAUAGAUUUAUUGGAUCUUUAUUUAUGUUUAGCAUAUCAUUAACGUUGCAUGAAAGAGGAUUGUAAAAUAUUCAGAGGAGUGCGCUUUUAGAAAAGGAUAGCAUAUUCAAACGCUUAAUGGUGCAAGUAAAAGCACUGUAGUAAAAUAAUAAAUAUAACUGUUGAAAAGUAAAUCUGAUAGUUAGAACAACAUGGAUAUAUCCCGUAAUUCAACACGUGGUAGUGGGCUUACAGCAUAGCCCCUCUUUUCAGCAGGUUUGCUGCUCAAAGCAAAUCCUGGAAUAGACUUUCAAUCCUCAACACAAUAGUUAAUCAAUAUAUUUGACUGAACAGCUUUGAAAUAGAGCAAUAUCUCCCCAGCCUCAGAAACUGGAUUGAUCAAGUGUCCAUAGCCCAGCCUUAGAGCAGAGAGCAUUAUUCAUCAUGCCUGAUACAAGACACCCCUAAUUGCACAUCGAUUUUAGGCCCUUCUCUGAAACUAUUUGGGCAAGCUGUAAUGUCAGCUUGGUAAACUCUGUACUCAGGAGCAUGAGCCAGAUCCAGGGAAAUAAGGAAUUAAUCAUUAGUUUUCCAUUUCAAGUAAAUGCAGUCUUGUAUUUGUAUUGCUUGUUUUGGUACACAGCCUCCCUUAUAACAUUGCAUGUGCAAUUUAAUUCCAGAGCAACUGCAACACAGACUUAAAUUUAGCUAUUAUGUCAAUAUAGGGAUGACAUCCACAAGAAAAAUAAAUUGUGUGUAACAGAUUAGUUUCAUUUGUGAGCUACAGCAUGGUCUCACAGCAACUAGAGGCAGUAUACCAAAAGGAUAUGCUACACCAGAGUGAUAAUUGCAUAUGAAUCAAUAUCAUUAUUCCAAAUCCCCUGCUCAUGUCCUGUACUGCAAAGCACGCCUAAUUCCCAUAUAUUAUCCCAAUCAUCCAUUGUUUACCAGCUAUCCGGAGGCCCAUUCCGCUCUCAUGGGCAAAGUCAGUGUUGCAAGUUUAUUAAGACGCAAUAUAGUUUCAUUACUGCAGCUAACGUGUGCCCCCGUAUGUUGCCUGUUGGGUGUCAAUAAAGCGAGGAAAAGGCUGCGAUGGAUUGAUAGAUGGACAUAUAGGCAGAGAUUCCUCUCUUAACAAAGACUUCGGGCCACAGAGCAGAAGCAUUGGUCUAAUUAACAGCAUGCCACAGUCCACCAGCGGGGCAACAGCAACAUUCAGGCAGGCAAAAGCAGGAAUCUCGCCCACCACGUCUUUCUACUCAUUAAGUCGCCCACCUCGCAUCUCCAACACAGAGAGAGCACCAUUACUUGGCCUCUGUGAAUAACCGUCCUACGCGUUGCAUUUUCCUUGUCAAUCAACCAAUGAGUAAAUAUUGGUUGCAGCGCCAAGGACUGACAGGGAGAAAAAA